AGCAGCUCAGCAUCAACCAGAGCAGGGACACACACAUCCACGUCCCAGAUGAUUUCUUCAUGGUUCCCUCUAACCCUGCUGUUCCUGUCGCCAUCGGCUUGUCUGUUGUCUUCCUGUGUGUUGUUGCUGUUGUCUUUGUUGUGUGGAAAUGCAGACGGAACAAAACAAAGACGAAGAUGCACCACGAGGAAGGAGAAGAAGAAGAGAAGAAAGGAUUUUUAAAUGAAGACCCAGAUCCUCAGUUUAAGAUGGAAGGAGAAAGAGACAGAGAGACAUUUGUUGUAGAAAGAGAAACAAACAAUGAAAUUCUGGUUCCGAUGGAAGAAGGAGAAAGAGAUGAGCUAAUGUCAGAAAGAGAGACUGAGAAUGAUCCAGACAAGAAACAGACAAAACACGAAGAAGAGACAAGAAAGUCAGAGAACGAACAGAAGUGUGUGGAAGAGAAAUCUGACAAACCAACAGGACAGCAGAGGGAAGUGGACAACCAGAGAGAGGAGACAGAGAGACAGAGGGAUGAAAAUGAAAUGCAGAUGAAGUCAGUGGAUAAAGAAAUAACAGAGAGGGAGAGGGACAAGACAGACCUGGAAGACAAAGACAAAAAUCUUUCAGAGGAAAACAUGGAUCUGAACAACAGUCAGGACAAGGCAGAACCUAAACAAGACAGAAAGCAGCUCACGACAGAAAGAAAGGAAAAGAAGGAUCUAAAAAAGAAAGAGACAAAACUUAAAGCAAAGCAACAGAAUGAAGAGAUGGGAAGGGGGAGGUAUGAGAAGGUAAGGAAGAUAAAGUCAGUGAUAAAGGAAACAACAGAGAGCGAGAGAGACAAAACAGGCUGUGAAAUGCAUAAAGAGGAUGCAGAUAAAGAGAAAGAUGAGGACAAAAGGAUUGGCUUAGAGGCCAAGAAUGAUCAGGAGAGGAGAAAUAGAGAGCCUGAGAAACAGCAACAGAGGAAAGACAAACCAUUUCAGAGCAAAUACAAGGAUAGUGCAAGAAUUAAGACAAAACCAGAGGAAGCAACUGAAAAGUCAGAGAAUGAACAGAAGUGUGUGGAAGAGAAAUCUGAUAAAUCAAGAGGACAGCAGGAAGUGGAGAACCAGAGAGAGGAGACAGAGAGACAGAGGGAUGAGAACGAGAGGAAGAUGAAGUCAGUGGAUAAAGAAACAACAGAGAGGGAGAGGGACAAGACAGACCUCGAAGACAAAGACAAACACUUUUUAGAGGCUUUUCAAACGCUCUGUUUAGAGGCCAAGACAGAUCAGGAGAGGAGAAAUAGAGAACCUGAGAAACAACAACAGAAGACAGAGAAAGCACUGCUGAGCAAAGAGGCUGAAAGUACAGGAAUUAUAGAAAAGAAGAUGGAAGCAAAGGAAGAACAAAUCAGUGUUAACUUGGAGGAGAAAAAGAAACAGAAGGAUGAGACAGAGAGGAAGCUUCAGGCAGAGAAGAGCAAAGCAACACAGAGAGCCGACCUCAAAAUGCAGAAAGAAGUAGCAGAGAGAGAAAACCCACAGCUCAAGAAAGAGACAGAGUCUCAGGCAAAGGAAGAACAGAGGGUAAAACCUCUGGAAAGUCAUGAUGAACUCACCGAGCAGCAGGAGAAAUCCCACAUGGAUUUACACAAGAGAGAAGCAGAGGAAUAUCAAAACUAUCCCUGUGAGCAGCAAGUGAAUCUGGAGGAAUCCCAAAAUGAUUUCAGUGAGGAGGAAAUGGAUGUGAACUAAUCCCAAACCUUUCAAAUUAGGAGAAACUGGAUCAGGAGAAUCCCCAACAAAAUUCUAAUGUUUAGAAAUUUGAUGUGGAGUAAUCCAGAAAUCAUUGGAAUUAGGAGAAAUUUGAUCAGGAGAAAUAAAAAAACAAACAAACAUUCAAAUAAGCAGAAAUUGGAUGUGGAGGAUUCCUGAACGCAUUAGAUGGAGAGAAAAGCAAAGCAGCGGGAACACUGAGGUCACUGAGGGAAGAGCUGACUCUCACCUUCCUCAGGAGGAAGACAUCGUGCUGAAGGGCUGAGAGCAGGAGGUCAACAGAUUUAGUGAUCAGUGAUCAGUAACACAUGGUCAGUUAAGAAUCACAGAACUUACCAGAAUUAUUAAAAACACUGAAUUCAACUGCAUGUUCAUCUCUCUUCACAUUAUCUAUUUAACAUUACAGCAACAAGUAUCAUGCAUCAGAAAGUAAUAAUGUGUUAACAGGCUGCUCAUGUAGUUUAAUGUUGGAAUUUCUUGUCCACACUCCCAGCAUUUGUGUUUCAGUUUCAGAAACAGCAAAUAUGAUUAUUAUUUACAACAGAAGUUAAACUCUGUGAUGCUUUCAGUGUCUUUAUAUGAUGACUUUUGAAUGCUGAACUUAUUUACUUUAUUUUAUUUUGUAUUUGUUCCCAGCGAUUAUGAU